GAACCUUUUUAUUGAAUCAAAUAAAAUAUAGUUCCACCCUCUCCAUUGCCUCCUCUAUCUACCCUUCAAGAUCCCAUCCACCAUUAAACGAACCCAAAAAAAAAAAAAAGAAACUUCCUCUCUCUCUCUCUCUCAUUCAUGGCACUUCUCACUCUCCCAUUUUCUUCAGAAACACAAAAAGUUCAACCCACAAAGCGCAAAAAACAACACCAACAAAAACCUAAACCUAAAUCCAAACAACCAAACACAUCGUCAUGGGAUCAUUUCAAGAACUUGUUGACUUGCAAACAAAUGGACGUUGUGGGGCCCAAUAAGGAGCAUGAAGAGGUUAAUGGGUAUUCAAAGCUGAAAUCUUGUAGCUCCAUAUGUAGUUUUAGGGAUGUUGUGCAUGGGAAUACAAGGGUGGUUCAUAGGGCUGAUAACUCACCGGAGAGUAGCACUGCCGGUGUGAACUCCGGCCGGAAAAAACAGUUGACUGAUCCUUCAAAGAGUCAUGGAAGUUACACAUCAUGUUCAAGAGGCAUGCAGUUCAGAAAGCUUUCUGGAUGUUAUGAAUGUCAUGCCAUUGUUGAUCCUUCAAGGUAUACGAUACCAAGAAGCACCAUUUGUGUGUGUUCGAAGUGUGGAGAGGUUUUCCCAAAAAUGGAGAGCUUGGAACACCAUCAAGCUGUGAGACAUGCUGUAUCGGAGCUGAGUCCGGAUGAUUCGGGUCGAAACAUAGUGGAAAUUAUAUUCAAAUCCAGUUGGCUAAAACCCAACCAUCCGAUCUUCACAAUCGAACGGAUCUUAAAAGUGCACAACACGCGCCGCACGAUCCAACGUUUCGAAGACUGCCGUGACACCGUCAAGACACGCGCCACCGCUACCGCCACGCGCUGCGCUGCCGACGGCAACGAGCUCCUCCGCUUCCACUGUACCACCGUCAGCUGCUCUCUCGGAUCCCGGAACUCCUCCGCCCUCUGCUCCGCCGUCCCCGGCUGCGGCGUCUGCACCGUCAUCCGUCACGGGUUUCAAAACCCUAAGUCCGGUGGAAUCGUCACCGCCGGCGGCGGCGUGGGUGGUGGUGGCGUACGGACGACGGCGAGUAGUGGAAGGGCACAUGAUUGUUUAGGGGUUGACCACCGUGAGCGUCGGGCGAUGCUGGUUUGUCGGGUGAUUGCUGGAAAAGUGAAGCGCGUGACGGAAGACGCGCCGGCGGAGGAGGAUGGGGCGUACGACUCGGUGGUUGGGAAUGAUGGGUUGUACUCUAGUGUUGAGGAGUUGUACGUUUUUAAUCCUACGGCUAUUCUUCCUUGCUUUGUUGUCAUAUACAAGGCCUUUGAAAGUUGACUUGGUCAAUGAGUGUGGCAUUGUUUAUUUAUUUAAUUUAAACUAUGAUGCGGGUUUAUUUUUAUCUUUACACUAA